AUGCCAAAGGCGCGGGAAGAGCGCCCCGGCUUAUUACCGCCAUUAUGCAGUGAAAAUUGUCAGGGCGAGGUGGACUGUUCGGACUUUGCGGCUGCCUACCGUCAUGCGUCGGCUUACACCACAAGAUACCGCCACGCUGGGGCGCCUCGUUCCGUUGCCCCGAUCACGGGCCCGCGCUCGACCCAGGCGCGGCGGGACGCCUGUACUCGUGCAUAUGCGAAGGCGGCGGCCUGGCCCGGACGCAGUCUGCUUGACUCGGCCCGGAGCGGCGACGAGGUGCCGAAGACGAAAUCUAUUUCCGGUGCAGUAAGCACGGCCGUGGCCAACGACGGCGUCGUUCGAGGACACUGCCGGACGGGAUCCUGGGCCCAGAUCGGGCGUCAAGUUGGAUCUCCACUACGGCAGACCAUUGCCGUGGGUUUCCACUCGCAAAGCUGUCAGACUUCAUGUGUGACUGCAGUUCUUUCAGUCUUUCAGCCCUGUGUCACCUCCUCUUUUCUUCAGACAUCUACACUUUAUGUUUGA